AGAUGGACAUUCUCGUUGAAGGGCUAUCUCUGGAGACCCCUAUCUUUAUUGUCACGGAAGGGCAUGAGCCACCGUUUUUCACUCACUUCUUUGAAUGGGAUUCCUCAAAGGCAAAUAUGCGUGGGAACUCAUUUGAGCGGAAGCUUGCUCUUCUGAAGGGAAAACCACAGAAUUUAGAAGUAUCUAGAAGAAACUCAUGGAAGGCAUACUCCAGGGAGACUACACCAGAUAGUUCGAGAAGCCAGUCCGUGAUUUCCAAUGGACAGGGAAGCAGUGCAUCUCCUGCAACAAGGGUUUCAGGCUCAAAUUCGAUGUCUUCAAGCAAUCAUCUGUUUUCUAGACCAGCCCCAAUUGCCCGGAAGCUCUUUUCAGGAUCUUCUCUUCACGGUUCUCCAGAAGCAGAGCAAAGGUCACCUUCUCAGAGUGCGAGUUACAUCCAAGUUGAUGGAAGUGGGGAUUGUGUAAAUUUCUUGAUAUAUCCAUAUGAACGGUUGAAAGUGAUGUCUAAUGACCCGGUAGCAGACAUAAAUGUGACCAAAAGAGAGGCAUAUUUAUCAGACGAAGAGUUUCAAGGCAAAUUUGGAAUGACAAAAGGAGCUUUCUACGAGCUUCCUAAAUGGAGACAAAACAAGCUCAAGAUGUCUCUUAAUCUAUUUUAGGCAUGCUAUGUUGAGACUAGAACAAGAUGCUGAUUGGACCAUGGGAAUUUUACAAACCCAAAGUUCAAUGAAUGCCUUACUUUAUGUCCGAUGUAAGCUUGAAUCCCCGUUCUGCUGAGAAAUCCAUGAUUGUAGUAUUUGGUCACUCUCUCAUUCUCUUGUCAUUUUUUUUACAGUUAUUCUAUUAUCAAGUCGGUAUCUAGAACACAUC